UUCAUUUCACACGUACGGCAAUGUCCCUUUCACUCUUGUUCACACAAAACACGAUGUCCGACGAACCAUCAUAAUUAUAAUGUCAACGCUACUUACUCACGGCUGUAUCUGCUUGCUUUCCUCGGACGCGUCUGUGUUUCGUCACGUGAGUAUUAUAAUCAUGGACUCGCGACGCGUUUAUUGACCCAUGUUUGAAACAUUGAACCAAACUACAUACUAACGAGCGUUCACCGUCACAUACCACGCUUUUGGACGAGGACCGAGCGUCUCAUAGCGGCCGUCUCAUACAUAAAUUUGACGAGAUAUGUCAUUCCCCAAGGGUUCACGUUUUGCGAUAGAGAAAAGUGCGUUGCCCAGUGGGUCCUUGUGACGGCAUGCAGUUCAUCAUUCCAACUCUUGCAGUUUCCAAUGUUCCGGGAUUGAAUACCUACAGCCUGCCAGAAGACCAGCUAGACGCGAAUAAACGAGGUUCAUUUCUGGAGAAAACCGAUCGUUCCUCAAAGGAAAAGGCAUCUUAUGUCCCAGGACCAAGUUCAUACAAUUCCGCCCCGAGAGCUGCGCAGAAACUAUUAGCCGCUAAACAUGCAAGCGACGAUAGAUACGCGAUACUAUCGAGGAAACUCGAAGACUUGGAAAAAGUGCACGCUGAUGGCAAGAAGGCGCAUCAAACUGAAAUCGAGCGUUAUAAAUUUGAAGUCGCUGGUCUAUUGAAGACCAACUUGGAGCAGGGUGAGAGACUGGAUAAGCUCAAGAAACAUAGCGAAAUACUCGAAUCGCGAAUCCAAGAGCACAAGAAGAGCAGUACUGCCGAUCAAACUGAGCUGAAAGCACUGCGUGUCAAACUUCGCAUGUCCGAACAUGAGCGCAUACAGCUUGUUAGCAAGCAGGAGGAGAGCAACGAAGCGAAGAAAGCACUGCAAAGUCUCGAGGCAAGGAAGAAAGACGAAGUUCAGGAACGUGAGAGAAAGAUCGCGGAAUUGGAAAAGGCUGUAUCUGCAGAGAGGAAGAAAAAAGAUGUGCUGGAAAGCUACGUUCAUGAGGUGAGAGGAAAGGCGGAUGAAGAGGCACGCAAAUCACGCGACAUGAUGAUGACAAUACAAGCAAAACUUGACACAGCUAAUAAGGACUCCCAAGAUGCGCGCCAAGCGCUUACAUCUCUGCGAGGGCGAGCCGAAAACCAAGAGAACGAUUUUUCUGCCCGACUAGACCAAUGCCGUUCUGUCCUUUCUCGCGUUGCGGAGGAGUAUGGUCGCUUGGCUACAACAAGCAUCGCUGCAUCCAGCCAUGCCACACUGGUGAAGGACCAUAUGGCACUUCAAUUACGUGCAUUCCGGUUGGAACGAAAAUUGGCAAACUCAGAAGGCCAAGUUGCUGAACUCGCCAACCUUGUCCGCCACACUCAGGAAGAAAACAUGUUCUUGUGUCAAGAACUGCGCGACACUCAGGAAGAAGCGGCUUUCCACUUGCAGACAUUGCAGGAAACCCGAGCUGCCCUCGAUAGCUACUCCCACCGCACUGAGCUUCAUGAGCUCCUCUGUCUGGAGGGAGACAUCCACCAGAACGAAAGAGACACAUCUAGAGAAACCAUGACGGUCCAGAAAAGUGCUCUGGCGUGCACUGGGACUAUAUCCGACUUCUAUCGCUCUCACAAUGACGAGUUACUUUCAGAGUGUACCCGCCUCCAUGGCAUUCUCGAGAAGCAGCACGAAAUUGACCGUGCACUCAUCGACCAACUUGGACGUAACUCAGCCGAAGUGGAUGUUCUACGGUCCGAGCUCACAAAAGCACAGGUUGAAAUCACCACUGGACAGCGCGCUCUGGCUGACGCCCAAGCUUCUUUAACGGAAAGUCAUGCAGAACAACAUACGUUGCACGGUCGAGUGGAAGAAUUCGAGAAUAAUAUACGAGACAUGGCAACGAGUCACAAACAAGCUUUACAGAGGGAGCGUGACACUUCUCAAAAGUUGUCUGUUGCACUCCAUAUCAGCAAGACAGCCGAGGAUGCCCUCAAAGCUGAUAUCGAGCAGUUGCAUGCAGAGUUGGCAGAUUUGACACGCUUCCAGGAAGCAUACUAUAACUUGGUGGACGAGACUGAAGCAUUAGUGGCGCGAAAUAACCUUGCAGAGGAAGAGGCUGAAAAUCUUAGCAAGUUUAAUGCUGAGAUUCUUGGCCAUAAAAACCCUGUUCAGAGGAUUUUAUACGUCGACAGGAUUCGUCGAGAGCUAUCCGAGGUCAAGCAGAAACUACUUGUGUGUACCCGCGACAGGGACGCCAUAUCUGCAGCGAAUGAAGAUUUACUGCACGAAAUCAUGAUGUACAAGUCUGUUGCGGUUCCAGGAGAUAGCAAGCCUCGGACGAAUUUAACCCGUGUGACGCGACCUCCCCUCACGAGCCAGAGCAUGAAUAUCGUGGCAGCAACUUCCGCCCCGCCUUGCGCUGCGUCAGAUGCAUUGAUUAAAGCAACCGUUCUGGAACACAUACCAGGGGAUAUGACUUUGGAUGAACUAAUAUAAGGGUACUGUUUGCACCAUGUAAUUUAUCUACGAUAUGUAUGUAAGACUGAUAAAUGCUCGUCUCGAACCCACCAAGUAUUCAUCCGAGUCGUCCCAUGUGACAACAACUCCCACGGUAGACUCAAGGUACACUUAUUCACAAUUGCCAACAUAUCAUGUGGAGUAUGUAGUACAGUAAGGCAUGCAGUGUCAAACUCGAAUUAACUAUCUACAUCAGUCUCUACGCCAUCUU